UCUGUGUCUAUCAUCACAACCAGAGAAAAUGGCCACCAUUGCUAAGUCCGCUGUGCGCAGCUCUGUGCGCCCCACCGUUGCCAGCCGGGCCGCCCGUGUGGUGCCCCGCGCUGCCAUCGAGUGGUACGGCCCUGAGCGUCCCAAGUUCCUGGGCCCCUUCUCUGAGGGCGAUGUGCCCGCCUACCUGACCGGCGAGUUCCCCGGCGACUACGGCUGGGACACCGCCGGCCUGUCGGCUGACCCCGAGACCUUCAAGCGCUACCGCGAGCUGGAGCUGAUCCACGCCCGCUGGGCCAUGCUUGGCGCCCUGGGCUGCGUGACCCCCGAGCUUCUGUCCAAGUACGCCGGCGUGCAGUUCGGCGAGUCGGUGUGGUUCAAGGCCGGCGCCCAGAUCUUCCAGGAGGGCGGCCUGAACUACCUGGGCAACGAGAACCUGGUGCACGCCCAGUCCAUCAUCGCCACCCUGGCCUUCCAGGUUGUUGUGAUGGGCCUGGCUGAGGCCUACCGCGCCAACGGUGGCCCCCUGGGCGAGGGCCUGGACGCCCUGCACCCCGGUGGCGCGUUCGACCCCCUGGGCCUGGCUGACGACCCCGACACCUUCGCCGAGCUCAAGGUCAAGGAGAUCAAGAACGGCCGCCUGGCCAUGUUCUCCAUGUUCGGCUUCUUCGUGCAGGCCAUCGUGACCGGCAAGGGCCCCAUUGAGAACCUGGCUGACCACCUGGCCAACCCCGGCGCCGUCAACGCCUUCGCCUACGCCACCAAGUUCACCCCCUCCGCCUAAAUGCUGAGCGCGUGUGCAUGAAUGGUGUUGGGAUGAUGUAGGGUUACGCCUGCUCGCUCUGGUUCAGAGUUAGGUGGUUAGGCGCAUGUUUCGUGCGGUUGACUGGCUCUCUUUGACUGGCGGUGCGCAGACUCAUCUUCACGGCUGCUUUGCAACAGGCGCCCUGCCAGCAGUCGACAGUGUUGGUGGGGAGUGCCUCCGUGUGGCGCUUUUCAGCGCAUCUGUCGAGUUUUGCUUAGCGAUUCUUUGCCGUGUAGCUUCGGCCGCGUGGCACCCAGAGAAGACAAUCCAUCCAAUAACGCUGUAACGCGGAUAAGG